AUCACACAAGAUGCCUUACCAGAAAACUAUCACACUCAAUAAGCGCUCAAAAGGAUGCCACCUCGUCACUGAAGAGGUAGUUAACCAGCUCAGAGAUGGUAUUUCUAACACUCAAGUUGGUCUUCUCAAUUUGUUCAUCAAACACACCUCAGCUGCACUCACAAUUAAUGAGAACUUUGACUACACAGUACGUACUGAUAUGGACAUGGCUUUGGAUAGAGUAGUUCCUGAAUCCCUGCCUUGGGAGCAUGUCGACGAAGGUCCAGAUGACUCCGUCUCUCAUACAAAGACCUCUCUCAUUGGCCCUAGCUUAACAAUCCCAAUCACAAACGGAAAUUUAGCGCUUGGCACUUGGCAAGGAAUCUAUCUCACAGAGUUUAGACAUUUGCCACACACCCGCAAAAUCUGCUGUACUAUCAUUCCUUAGACUCCAAAGAUUGUACAUAUUGAUAAAUUUAUUCGGAAAGGU